UCUUUGUUGUAAACAUGUGUCGUGUGUUUGUCGUGGAAACACGUGUUUCUUUCUUUGAGUAACUCUCACGCGUGAUUAGUAGUGACUAAUAGUAAUUGACGAUAGUGAUUUGUAUAAAAGCAAUGUGUUAAUACUUUUCAAUCAAAAGAAUGAUUGCGGUCAACGUGACAACAAGUAAUGUGAUUUAAAAAGAAAAGAGGAAAAUCUCGAGUUUAAUAUGGAUAUUCUAUCUUUGUGAAGAUAAAGACUAAACGCUGUGCAGGAUCAUAAAAUGGAGGAGGUGUUUGACCGUAGACAUCGGAUCUCCGAUGAACCGGAAACAUCGCCCAUGUACGAGAAGCCGAGAACCAUGAAGCCAUCGACGAUCAGUAGCAGCAACAGCAUCGACUCGUCAAGCGUCACCAAUCUCUCGUUUCCUUUUCCGAAUCCCUGCGAGAAUCUCACCGAUUUCAUCAACCUUGAUGUGUUCGCUGAACGAUCGACCGGAUAUGAAUGGGGUACCAACUUCACGUGUCUGGAACACGCGCCAAAAUUGACCAGGGCGGUAUAUAUCAAAGUCAUCGUAUUGACAGUUAUGUCGGUUCUAAGUCUAGUCGGCAACUUGGCAACGAUAUACUCGAUCACGAAGAACCGUCGCAAGAAUCGUGGCUGCUCGACUGUCUACACCCUGAUCCUCCACCUGUCGGUGGCCGAUCUGCUGGUCACCGUUUUCUGCCUCGCCGGCGAGGCAAUCUGGAGCUACAACGUUGCGUGGUUGUGGGGCAAUGCCGCGUGCAAAUGCUUCAAGUUCCUACAAUUGUUCAGCUUGUACCUUAGUACCUUUGUGCUUGUGCUGAUUGGUGUCGACCGAUUUGUCGCGGUGCGAUAUCCCAUGAAGGGCCUCAAUUCGUCUCAGAAGUGCUCGCGAUACGUCGCUUUCACUUGGCUGCUGGCUCUUGUAUUCGCCACUCCACAGAUUGCGGUAUUUCAUGUUGCGCAAGGACCAUUCGUUGACGAAUUUACGCAAUGCGUGACAUACGGUGUUUACACUGAGCCCUGGCAGGAACAGCUCUACGGAGGUUUCAGCCUAUUCUUGAUGUUCAUCCUGCCAUUAGCAAUAUUAAUCACCACACACGUAUCCACGGUGCUCACUAUCUCUCGAAGUCAGAAAAGUUUCAAAACAGAACAAAUGAUGACAUACAGAAACAGCGACUUAAAUAGGAGAAGACUGAUGAGCCGGGCGAAAACGAAAUCUCUACGCAUCAGCGUCGUCAUAGUAGCGGCAUUUCUUAUCUGUUGGACGCCGUACUACACAAUGAUGAUAAUUUUCUUGUUUAUGAACCCGGACGAUCACCUCAGCGAGGAGCUACAGAAAGGAAUAUUUUUCUUCGGAAUGAGCAACAGCUUGAUAAAUCCUGUGAUAUAUGGCGCGUUUCAUCUUUGGCCGCAGAAACAACGGCAGAGGCAUGGCUCUUCUUAUAGAUCUGAGAAUUCAAUGAGUCAUCGAAACAACGUGAAGAGACGCGAAACGAAAAUGCCGCUCCUCUCUUAUCAGGAUAGUAGCAACAAAGUGAUUGUAGAUACACAGCAACAUCAAAUAUAAUAAUUUUUUAUAAAAUUUGUGUUAUAUUUUACGUUAAAGCGACGUUGUGUAACAAGAAGUAAUACCGUAAUAUAAAAAGAAAAAAUACUAGGCAAAAGCAAAAGAUAAGAAAGAAAGCAUUGCUGUACUUUUCUUUCUAAAUGUUGUUCCUAUAGUUAAAAAUUUUUGUAAGUGAGAAUUAUUAUUUUUAUUUAUUUGAAAAAAAGAAACUUAAAUAUGUAAGUAAAUUUACUUAUUUCACUGUAUUAGAGAAAUGUUAAUAAAAAUCUAUAGAAAUGUUAGGUUAAUUUUUAAAUUAAAGCGUUAAAAAUAUUCGCACGUGUUGAUUUAGAUCUAGAGAUGGAAACACUUAAGCUCGCGAGCCGGAUUUUGGAUAGGCCUGCAGUAGAUUAAUAUUUAUAGUAGAUGGUAGAAUUUCAUAAUUUUAACCUAAAAAAGCUUUAUCAAAUAAAUUAAAAAACACGUAAUAAGUACAAUAAAUAUCAACAUUUAAAAAGAAUUGUAUUUUAGCUUUUAAAAAUUCAAUCAUUGCAUGUUGGUUGAAUUAAAACGUUAACGCAUAUUCUUAUCAUAUGACGCUUAUAUGUUAAUACGCAUUAAUCCAUACGCAUUAAUCCGCUCUAAGAAAAAAUAAAUAAAUGUAAUAUUCUCCAGCUGCAUUACCGCUAAAGAAUGUGCCUACAAAUUCAUAAAGUUAUGCAUACAUUGCUACUGGUUUUUUACAUACAUGCUGUACGCAUGUACAUUACUUAUUAAUUACUCUACGUAUUAUCUUGAGACGAAAUUGCACUAUACAUUAUAACAAUGUAUAGGGUGUCCGAUAAUGACCGCCGCACCUUUCAUAAACUGAUUGAGUAAGUCAAAUUGAGUAAAAAAGUCCUUUACCAAAAUUUUACAAAUUUUACAAAAUUCCGAGGGGCACGGCAAGUUUAAAGAGUAAAACAAGCAAUUGCAAUCGACUCCCAAUGAUUCCAAUUAAUCCAUGUCUUGAGCAUUGUAACAAUAUUAAAACCGAAGGUUACAUUAACAAAAUUAAAGAAAGAAAACUGCGAGUGGAAACGCAAUUAUUUCAACCAGCGUGUAAUUAAAAUUAAACUAGGAAAGGCUCUGAAAAAAGUAAAUCAGAAUAUGAAUUAAUGCUGAUGAAGAGCCAAGAUAAGACAUUCAUGUACGAAUUAAUAUAAUUAACAAGCAAUUAUUAUUACAGACGUUUUAAUCCUCAGUUUUGGAUCAUAUGCAGUGUAAAAUUAAUACUUCAUUUCACAUGAUGAUUGAUAAUCAAGCUCGUGUAGCGCAGGUACAAAAAUUGUCA